AUGGAUGCCCAAAGCUCUAAGCUUUUCAAGGGAGAUUGCGGAGAAAGUAGAAUCUCUCAUGUCACGGGGAUUAUGGACCUUCAUAUAGUGAUUAUGGUUGACAUUCUUUCACGGUUGCCAAUCAAGUCCAUUUUCUAUUGUAAGAUUGUUUGUAAACUCUGGUAUCAUCUUUUAACUUCCGACCCUUUGUUUUGUAAAAUGUAUUACAAAAGAUCAUCUUACUUUCCCAGCAUUUUGCUUUCGAUAAAUCACUCAAUCCGCUUACUUGUGGAACUCAAAGAUGAUGUUUCUCACCCCCUAAACAGAACUAUUGUGUUGAGCCCUAGGUUUCAUCUCCCCCCAACUUUAUAUACACAAAACUUGACAUUAAUUAGUUCAUGUAAUGGGUUCAUUUGUUUGUUUAAUGGUUCAAGGGAUGCUGUAGAGCAUUCGAUUUACAUUAGCAAUCCUCUUUUGGGUGAAUAUUUCGAGGUUAAAUUGCCCAAAUGGGAGAAAAGAAUUCAGCGUGUUGCCUAUGCAUUCUGCUUCAGUGAAACCUCUGGACAGUAUAAAGUAUUGAGAUCAGUAGUUAGUAAGUUUAAGGGACGUCCACAUGUAUCAGAGUUAGAGGUUUAUACUCUUGGAGUUGAUGAGAAAUGGAGAAAUGUGGGUGAAGUUCCAGAACCUCUAUGCGGAUUAUUUUGUAAGGCUAACGUCAAUGGUGUUGUUCAUUGGAUGAGUUCGGAAAAAAAUGACAGCAUUUACUCCUUUAACAGUUGGACAGAAGAGGUGAAAUCCAUGUUAGCUCCGCGUGGUCUGACAACUUCAUCCUACGGCUUGACACUAGUAGAGUUGGGGAAUUGUCUAUGUUUGUGUGAUACUUACCAUAGUGAGUAUAUUGAUAUAUGGUGGAUGAAAGAGUAUGGAAUCGCUGAAUCUUGGACUAAAGAUCGCAUUUGGAAGGAUACUAUUCAACCAGAUAUCAGUUGUGAUAGAUUUAUACCAAUCUCAACUUGGAAAGAUGGAGAAAUAUUGAUGCAAAGGUAUCGUGGCACACAUGUCGUUUCUUACAACCCAAAAGAAAAGAAGUUUACGAAGGUUAAAGUGUACCUUGGAUUUGCUGGGACUAGCUACAUCCCAAGUUUUUACUCACUCAAGACUGUCAUUGGGGAAAAUUUACAAGUCUCAUAUGCUUAUCCGAAGAUUGAGAUAGUUUAA